AUGCCACCAAUUCGGUCUAAAACAAAGCAAGAUUCUAUUCACCAAGAGGGUAGGAUCGAGCUAGCAAUUGAGGCUAUUCAGAAUAAAACAAUCUCUUCUAUUUCAGCCGCUGCGCGUACGUAUAGCAUUUCGCGAUCAACACUACGCGACCGCAUCACAGGCCGCGUUUCGCAGACCAAUAUCCACGCAAAUAGUCAUGAAUUGACUCAAUUUGAAGAGGAUACGCUUAAGAAGUGGAUUCUCUCUAUGGACGACCGUGGUGCAGCCCCUCGGCCUAGUAUAGUGCGUGAAAUGGCUGAUUUACUGCUUGCAUUGCGGGGCACUGACCGUGUCGGCAAGAACUGGACUGGAAACUAA